AUGUCAGGAGCUUCGCGACGAGUCCGUCGUUUAGAAAAAGAUGCUAUUUUACGUGUAAAAAACACUGAAUAUACACGCGAACAAUCGGAUAGUUAUAUAGCAAGUUUAAAUUUGAACUAUGAUGAAGAUAAUACCGAACGUCAUCUACGACAUGUUUCAACAAGACCGAUUCGUCAAAUUCAACGAGAAGUUGACUAUCCUGUUGAAACUUUAGACAAAAUUACCGAACGCAUUCAACAAGAGAUCAAAAGAAGACAAAUGUCUGCACCAGCUAAUGCAUCUCAUUCAUCAGUUGGAACUGAUCGCGCAAGUCGUGAUAGUGGAAGUGCAGGAAAAUACACAAACAGCAAAUACCCUAGCAGCAACAAACUCAACUAA